ACUGACGAUAUGACGAUUUGAGACAAGUGUGUCGAUUAGAUUCCAACAAAAUUUUCGCUACCGCUUCGUUGCAAAUUGUCUGCCGUCCCAGCACGGCAAUACUCCGUGGUGUCCGUGACGUGUUCCUGGUCAGUAAAGUUGUUCGGGAUAGCUGUGAAAGAGGAUAAAAAUAAACCAUCAUGAACCGGGAAGCGGCAGAUGAUUGCGUCGAAAAGGCCGUCAAGUACCUGGCCGAGGGGAAAAUCGAGAAGGCAGAAAAGUUGCUAAACAAAUCGAUUUCUCUCCACCCGACCCCCCGGGCGGAAGAACUGCUUGGUAAGAUCAAGCGAGGUGUCUACACGGAAAAUGCACCAUCGGGGAACACCUCGGACGAUGGUGUACGUCAGCGGGCCUCAGCAAAGGGUUCCGCACCAAAGGCGGACAGUGGCAACGAAGCGGAAUAUACUGCUGAACAGUUGGAAGCAGUGAAGAGGAUUAAAAAAUGCAAGGACUAUUACGAAGUGUUGGGUGUAUCGAAGGAUGCAACUGAUUCGGAUAUUAAGAAAGCUUACAAGAAGCUUGCCCUACAACUGCAUCCCGAUAAAAACCAUGCUCCGGGAGCGGUAGAAGCAUUUAAAGCAAUCGGUAAUGCUGUAGCCAUUCUGACGGACGCUGAGAAGAGGAAAUCGUACGAUCUGUUCGGUGCGGAAGAGCAUCAUCAGCCCACGACCCGUAGGACACGCUAUCAGUACGAUCAAUACUCUCGUGGUUUUGAAACGGAGUUCACCGCGGAAGAGCUGUUUAACAUGUUCUUCGGAACCGAGAUUCCUACACACCAUGUUUACACACGCCAAAGACGGUUUCAUCGAGCCGAACAACAGCAAUAUCGAGAGCCUCAGUCAGGAUUUGCGGCUUUCAUCAAUCUGUUGCCAAUAAUUCUGCUUAUCGCCCUUUCGAUGAUGUCUUCAUUUUUCAUCUCUGAUCCAAUCUACAGCCUUACCCCUAGCCAAAAAUUUUCAAUCCCACGAAAAACGAACCAGCUGAAGAUUCCGUACUACGUCAAGGAAAACUUCCACUCCGAGUAUCAGGGCUCGGUUGUGCGGCUUGAGGCGUCGGUGGAAGAGGACUAUUUGAAUAAUUUAAAGCAUUCCUGCUACCGAGAGCGGAACUAUAAGGACACGAUGCUAAUGAAAGCAAGGAACUUUGGCGAUCGAGAUCUUUAUCAGAAGGCGCAAAACAUUAAUACACCGUCGUGUGAUAAAUUGCAAAGUUUACACAACUAGUCAAAUUGAAAUGGCCGCCGUGUGCGGAUUUCAGCAUAUGGUAUGCGGAAUAUUUGAAAGCUGCUGAUUAGUGGGCGAAUUGUAUUUUUUCUACACUGUGGAGGUAUUUUUAUUAUUUGUUCCGUUGUUAACUAUUUCGAUAAAAAUUUGCCAGAUUGUGCCGUUUGAUCCAUAUCCGUACUACCAGUUUGCAGUCCAUCCUAACGAAAGGGCUUUACGGUUUGAAUGGCAUUUUAAACCCCCUAAGCGUAGAUUUAUCACAUUGAAGGCAUAGUCAAAUGGUGAUAGUUAAAUGUUGUUUUCCCUUUUUUGUGCGAAAAAAAUUUAAAAAGAUUCUUUACUCCGCCUAGGAUCGUAAUUCACCCUACACGAUAAACAACAAUAGAGGAUUUUUGCGAACAGUUAAAAUAAUUUAUAAAAAAACACAUCCUUCAACAAAAUAAAGAAAACAAAACCUGAUA